AUGUCAGGACCGAGUGACAAGGCUCGUUUUUACCUCGAACGGUCAGUUCCCCAACUACAGGAAUUCAAGGAGAAGAAGAUAUUUACUGGAGAAGAAAUUCGGAAUAUAGUCAAGAAGCGCUCCGAUUUCGAACACAAAAUUCUUGGGAGAGGAACACGACCAGUAGAUUUUGCUCGAUAUGCCGCCUGGGAGAUGGGGCUUGAAGAAUUGCGAAAGAAACGGUGUAAACGUUUAAACAUAAAGAGCACCGCGUAUGGUGGGCAAUCAAGAAUACUCAAGAUAUUUGAUCGGGGCACAAAGAAACACCCAGGAGAUGUUGCUCUCUGGCUAUCAUACUUAGACUACACUAGGGCAUGCAAGGCAAUCAAAAAAUUUAGGGCUAUCAUGACCUCAGUGAUUCGUCUCCACCCUACAAAGCCUGAGUUGUGGAUUUUAGCAGCCAAGUAUACUUGGGAGUCAGAGGCAGAUAUAAAUGGGGCAAGAAGUUUUAUGCAGAGAGGUACUAGAUUUUGUACAAGUAACAGCGAAAUUUGGAUCGAAUAUGCGAAACUUGAGAUGAUAUAUCUUGCCAAAAUCACCAACCGCAGCAAGGUCCUUCAAAAAGGUAGAGAUGGAUAUUCAGAAAAUAAUGGAUAUGAUGCGAGUACAACAAGCAAUUCGGCAUUCGACGCCUCUCAAGACGUAGUUGCGAUACCCGACUUCCACCCUGACAACAUGCAAUCGGAAACAACGGAUAGUGCCAAAGUUAAUCCUGACGUUAUAAAUGAAAUUAUGAGCACUCCAGCACUCAACGGUGCUAUACCACUGGCAAUAUUCGACAAAAGCUGCGAGCAACCAUUCAUCUGUGCCUCGGUCUCUGUAGAUUUCUUCAAUAUGUUUGCUAGCUUUCCACAGAUUCAAUGUAUUCUAAAGAUUCUACAACACGUUGUAUCAUUUAUGCUUAAAAAUUAUCCAACGGAUAGUAGCGUACGAAGCUGUUAUACGAGAGAACCGCUCAUUGGACUUAAUCACAAAACACCCGAAUUUCCGGCAGCGCUUAGCACUAGCUUGCAUCGCAUAACUGAGUCUAUAGAGAUCGUAUCGGACAAAGCUAAUUAUUCAAAGCUUACAAAAGUCUGGCUUGAGCAGACUUUAGCGCUUGAUGAUCUAGACUGUGCAAUACAAACUGUCAUUAAACACACGUUAAGCACUAUUGAUGAGGCCUCAGAAAUUGUUGUUUCGUAA